AUGAAUUCGCGCCUUACCGAGUCGUUUGUUGGCAGUUGGAAGGUCCCUGUGUGUAAUCUCGACCUGACGGGUAGUGGAAGACAAGUUCGUCAUCAGGGCGUGGCACAGACUAGGAAGAGCAUCGCAUCCAACGGGUGGCUUGACACACGUAUAAUCGCCUGCUGGGGUGCUGGCGACGAAGAAGUGUUCGACGAGGGCAAGGCCAAGACAACGACCCUGAGGGUCAUAGAUGGGCGCCACAGGUUUGGCAUUCGUACGCGCGCCCAGGGAAAAAAAUCGGUUGCCAAUGCGACUCGAGCCCUCAAGGAGGAAGGACUCAACGCUCUCAUGGACGUGACGUAUCUUCCAGAACGCCCGGCCGGACAUCGCGACCUGCAGCCCUCACCGGACGGCCUGCAUUUUGCACGCGUCACCCUAAAAGCCCUGCUUCGUCCCGAGUUCGCGGCAAUGCCGGGGGAAGUUCAAGCAGCGUACAUUUAUCGCAUGGCCUCGGUGAUGGCGUACGAGCCGUACUCACAGUUCAGCCUCCAUCACCUCGCACUUGACGAAGAGUGUACGGCCUACACGAGGAGCUUGCUGGACGGGAUGCUCCCGCACAAACCUCUGACGGAGUUCUUCCUUAGUCAACCGUGGCAGCCGGUGUUGCUGCGAGCGACGUUCCCGUCUUCCGUUGGGGACCUGGAUGUUCAGCAACUGGCGGGCAUGAACUACAUGGUGGCGUUCAUCAACUUCUCGGAGCUGGUGAGCGGCAUUCCUGUGACCUCCUUCAUCACUUCCCCUACCCUGAAACAACGUCUACAGACCGCUGUUGGUUUGGUUUCGACGACCUUGGACAACAAAGGCACGAUGGUGUUGUCUGUACCUUUCGCGGCCCUUGGAACGGACGGUCCAGCAGCCAUGAACGACAUCUUUACAUCGGCGGGUCUUGGGUUGGAGUCGGUUCCGGUCGCGUCGUUUUUAUACGGUUCGAGGAACACCGGUGAACGCCACAGCUCCAUGACCUUCGUAGCGCACAAGAAUGGGGAGAGGUUCAUAUGCAACGUUCGGGAUACGGACAGAGAGGCGGAGGGCGAGUCGAUACGCACGCCUGGGGCAUCCAGGCCCAUCCACGUUCAGUCGCAUGAUCCUGCUGGCCUCGACGCGCGCGUGGGGAAAUUCGCACGUCAGAAACCCGAAGGGGGGUCAUUCAUCAGCGGGGGCUUGACCAGGUUUUCCGACCGACGCGAUGGGGUGCUCACAACUGAUGCAGCCGGAGACACCACAGUUUGCCGCAAGGCUCUCGAGCUGGGGCGUACGCUGGUGGCAUUAGUCCCUGACCUGGGGACGGUGGGGUUCGUGAGGCAGGAAUUGGGCAGACUGGAGGACAGGUGUAGGUCGGAAUCGCCUCGGGUUAUGGUUUCGAAGGACACGCGCCCCAUCAAUGUGCCUCAUAGCAACGUGCCACGGUCGGUGGCAGUUCAAGUGGCCUCCAGGGAACCCCGACAUGGUAUGUCCCCCGAACAGCAGGUCGCCGCCAUCGCCACCGAGAAGAUGGGACUCGAAAUAAAGUCAUCAAAUCGUCAUGGACUCGGUUUGUUUGCGAAGGAAGACGACAUGGCUGCAGGGGACGCCACGCGUAUGGCUUGUUUCGGGUCUUACGUUGUGUAUGAUUCUUUGGUAGAGGUCGUGUCUGACAUGAACAAGGACGAUGCCCCCCGGCACUACGUUGUGGGUGGUGAUGUCCAAAUGCUGUGCACAGAGGAGGAGAGCUGUCGUCCACAGGCCACGCUGUUCAUGGUGCCUCACAAGUCGUGCUUUUUGUGUAAGUUACACAAAAAGCACGACUUGUGA